AUGUCGGUGGUUCACGUGAUUGAUGUUGAAAGUGGUAAUCUGCAGUCACUUACCAACGCAAUCGAGCAUUUGGGAUAUCAAGUGCAACUGGUAAAAUCACCAAAAGAUUUCAACAUAGCGGAAACUUCAAGAUUGGUUUUGCCAGGUGUUGGAAAUUAUGGCCAUUUUGUUGAUAAUUUGUUCAGCAAAGGAUUUGAAAAGCCAAUAAAAGAUUAUAUUGAAUCUGGCAAACCAAUAAUGGGAAUUUGCGUCGGGUUGCAAGCACUAUUUACCGGCUCUGUAGAAAGUCCUAAGAGUCCAGGUCUGAAUUACAUUGAUUUUAAAUUGUCCAGAUUCGAUGAUUCAGAAAAGCCUGUUCCAGAGAUAGGUUGGAAUUCAUGUAUCCCUUCGGAAAACUUAUUCUUUGGAUUGGAUCCAUAUAAGAGAUACUAUUUCGUCCAUUCUUUCGCCGCCAUUUUGAAUACAGAAAAGGAAGAGGCUCUGCAAAAUGAAGGUUGGAAAAUUGCCAAGGCCAAGUAUGGUUCAGAAGAAUUUAUUGCGGCAGUUAAUAAAAACAACAUAUUUGCUACUCAGUUCCACCCAGAAAAAUCUGGCAAAGCUGGUUUGAAUGUUAUUGAAAACUUUUUGAAGCAACAGAGUCCUCCUCUUCCAAACUAUGGCCCAGAUGAGAAGACGCUACUAAUGAAUGACUAUUCAAACUAUGGUUUAACGCGUAGAAUUAUUGCCUGUCUUGAUGUACGUACGAAUGAUCAAGGAGAUCUAGUGGUUACUAAAGGUGAUCAAUACGAUGUACGUGAAAAGAGUGAUGGUAAAGGUGUUAGAAAUCUUGGCAAGCCUGUCCAAUUGGCACAGAAGUACUACCAACAGGGUGCAGAUGAAGUUACAUUUUUAAAUAUAACUUCUUUUAGAGACUGCCCCUUGAAGGAUACUCCAAUGCUGGAGGUCCUAAAACAAGCUGCAAAGACAGUAUUCGUACCAUUGACUGUCGGUGGAGGUAUUAAAGAUAUUGUUGAUGUUGAUGGAACCAAGAUACCUGCUUUAGAAGUUGCAAGUCUGUACUUCAGAUCUGGUGCUGAUAAGGUGUCAAUUGGUACAGAUGCAGUUUAUGCUGCCGAAAAAUAUUACAAAUUAGGUAAUAAAGGAGAUGGAACAUCACCAAUAGAGACAAUUUCAAAGGCCUAUGGCGCUCAAGCGGUCGUUAUUUCCGUUGAUCCUAAGAGAGUAUACGUAAGUUCACAAGCAGAUACCAAGAAUAAAGUCUUUGAGACAGAACACCCGGGCCCGGAUGGACAGAAAUAUUGCUGGUACCAAUGUACAAUUAAAGGUGGAAGAGAAUCAAGAGACCUUGGUGUGUGGGAAUUAACAAGGGCGUGUGAAGCCCUAGGUGCUGGGGAGAUUCUAUUGAACUGUAUAGACAAGGAUGGCUCUAAUUCUGGUUAUGACCUGGAAUUGAUAGAACACGUUAAGGAUGCAGUGAAAAUACCAGUCAUUGCUUCAAGUGGUGCUGGUGUUCCUGCACAUUUUGAAGAAGCAUUUGUUAAGACCCGUGCUGAUGCCUGUUUAGGUGCAGGUAUGUUUCACAGAAGUGAGUUCACUGUUAACGAUGUAAAGGAAUAUUUACUAGAACACGGGUUGAAGGUUAGAAUGGAUGAAGAGUAA